AUCUGUUACUUGGCACCACCAUAUCAUCAUCAAUUAUCACACCACCAUCCCCCAUUAUGGGUAAAAACAUGUUCUUUCUUUCUCUCUCUAUAUUAUUUCUCUCUCUACUAUCAUCCCCCACGUCUUCAAUCGCAACCGUCCAAUCCCCAAUCAACGUCUGGCCCAAACCAAGAACCUUCUCAUGGCCCAAACCACAAGCCACUGCUCUCUCUCCACAGUUCACCAUCUCAUCACCAAACCACCCUUACCUAAGUCCCGCCGUUAACCGUUACCUCCGUCUAGUCCUCACCGAGCACCACGUCCCCCUCGUCAACCCCGCCGUCAACUCCACCUCAUCAACGCCGUUACAAACCCUCUUUCUCACAGUCACCGACCUCACUGCUCCGCUACACCACGGCGUCAACGAGUCGUACACCCUCGAAAUCCCGGCCGUCGGAUCGUCCGCCAAUCUGACGGCCGAGACGGUGUGGGGCGCCAUGAGAGGGCUCGAGACGUUCUCGCAACUCGUCUGGGGCGACCCGGCACGAGUGGCGUCCGGCUUGUUCGUUUGGGACUCGCCCAUUUUCGAGCACAGAGGUUUGAUGUUGGACACAUCGAGAAAUUACUACGGGGUUGGGGAUUUGAUGAGGCUGAUUGGGGCUAUGAGUGCGAAUAAGGUCAAUGUGUUCCAUUGGCAUGUCACCGACUCGCAUUCGUUCCCUUUGGUGUUGCCGUCGGAGCCCGAUCUGGCGGCCAAGGGAUCGUACGGUGCCGGAAUGCAGUACUCGACGGAGGAUGUGAAGAAGAUAGUGGAAUUUGGGUUGGAGCAUGGGGUUAGGGUUAUGCCCGAAAUCGACAUGCCAGGACAUACAGGAUCAUGGGCUGAAGCUUACCCUGAGAUUGUUAUAUGUGCAAACAUGUUCUGGUGGCCUUCAGGAACCGAAUGGCCUGAUCGACUUGCAUCUGAACCGGGAACUGGUCAUCUCAAUCCCUUAGAGCCCAAGACAUACGAGGUAAUAAAAAAUGUCAUUCGUGAUGCCACAACUAUGUUCCCAGAACCAUUCUACCAUGCAGGGAGUGAUGAGAUCAUCCCGGGAUGUUGGAAAGCCGAUCCAGCAGUUCAAGACUUCCUAUCAAGAAAUGGAACCCUUAGUCAGCUCCUCGAAAUGUUUAUAAACUCUACUUUACCAUACAUUGUUUCCCUAAACCGCACUGUGGUAUAUUGGGAAGAUGUUUUAUUGGAUGCCACUGUAAAGGUAAACCCCACUCUUCUUCCCCCAGAGAGUACCAUUCUACAAACAUGGAACAAUGGUCCAAAUAACACAAAACGAAUUGUUUCUUCUGGGUACCGGGCCAUUGUCUCAUCUUCGGACUUCUACUACUUGGAUUGUGGACAUGGUGAUUUUGUUGGGAAUAACAGUGAGUAUAAUCAACCACCGGGUACUGACCAGGGGAAUGGGGGAUCAUGGUGUGGACCCUUCAAACAUUGGCAAACCAUAUAUAACUAUGAUAUAACAUUUGGGUUGACUGAGGAAGAGGCCAAAUUAGUGUUAGGAGGGGAGGUGGCACUGUGGUCUGAACAAGCAGACUCAACGGUAUUGGAUCCACGAAUUUGGCCUAGAACUUCAGCUAUGGCAGAGGCAUUAUGGUCAGGAAACCGGGAUGAGACGGGGAUGAAGAGAUUCGCUGAGGCAACGGAUAGGCUGAAUGAGUGGAGAUAUAGAAUGGUAACCAGGGGAGUUGGAGCUGAACCUAUUCAACCACUUUGGUGUAUAAGGAACCCGGGCAUGUGCAACACAGUUCAGGGACUUGUUUAGCUAUUAGCUUUGUAUGUGUUUGAUGCCCUAUUAAAUAUAUAUAUAUAUAUAUAUAUAUAUAUAUAUAUAUAUAUAUAUAUAUAUUUUUAACUUUAAAAUUGAAAUUUGAGAAAUAUGGAGAACUAUUAAUUUGUACCUCAAUGUUGAUUUAUAAAUAGAUUUUUGUUUUUCAAUAACAGUUCAGUUUUCGUUUUGCA